GAGGACGGGCGCGGGGCGAGGCCGGGCGGCGGCAGAUACAGGACUCCAGCGACGAUGUCGAAGCACCACGAUGCAGGGACUGCUUUCAUCCAGACUCAGCAGCUGCAUGCUGCCAUGGCGGACACCUUCCUGGAGCACAUGUGCCGCUUGGACAUCGACUCGGAGCCAACCAUUGCGAGAAACACUGGCAUCAUCUGCACCAUCGGCCCAGCCUCCCGCUCGGUGGAGAAGCUGAAGGAAAUGAUUAAAUCUGGAAUGAAUGUUGCCCGCCUCAACUUCUCUCACGGCACCCACGAGUAUCAUGAGGGCACAAUCAAGAACGUGCGAGAAGCUACAGAGAGCUUUGCCUCUGAUCCUAUCACCUACAGACCUGUGGCUAUUGCACUGGAUACUAAGGGACCUGAAAUCCGAACUGGACUCAUUAAGGGAAGCGGCACAGCAGAAGUGGAGCUGAAGAAGGGUGCACCGCUCAAAGUGACCCUGGAUGAUGCCUUCAUGGAGAACUGCGAUGAGAACGUGCUGUGGGUGGACUACAAGAAUCUUACCAAGGUUGUAGAAAUUGGCAGCAAAAUCUACGUGGAUGACGGUCUGAUUUCGUUGCUGGUUAAGGAGAAAGGCAAGGACUAUGUCAUGACAGAGAUCGAGAACGGUGGCAUGCUCGGCAGCAAGAAGGGAGUGAACCUGCCUGGCGCUGCAGUCGACCUGCCUGCGGUCUCUGAAAAGGACAUUCAGGACCUAAAAUUCGGUGUGGAGCAGAAUGUGGAUAUGGUGUUUGCUUCCUUCAUCCGCAAAGCUGCUGAUGUCCAUGCCGUCAGGAAGGUGCUGGGGGAAAAGGGAAAGAACAUCAAGAUCAUCAGCAAGAUCGAGAACCAUGAGGGUGUGCGCAGGUUUGAUGAGAUCAUGGAGGCCAGCGAUGGCAUUAUGGUGGCCCGCGGUGACCUGGGAAUCGAGAUCCCCGCUGAAAAAGUCUUCCUCGCCCAGAAGAUGAUGAUUGGGCGCUGCAACAGGGCUGGCAAACCCAUCAUCUGUGCCACUCAGAUGCUGGAAAGCAUGAUCAAGAAACCUCGCCCAACCCGUGCCGAGGGCAGUGAUGUUGCUAAUGCCGUCCUGGAUGGAGCGGACUGCAUCAUGCUGUCUGGAGAGACUGCCAAGGGAGACUACCCGCUCGAGGCUGUGCGCAUGCAGCACGCUAUUGCCCGGGAGGCCGAAGCCGCCAUCUUUCACAGGCAGUUGUUUGAGGAACUGCGUCGUCUGACUUCCCUGAACUGUGAUCCCACGGAGGCCGCCGCUGUUGGCGCUGUGGAAGCGUCCUUCAAGUGCUGCAGCGGGGCCAUUAUUGUCCUCACCAAGUCUGGAAGGUAGGAGGUGACAGGUUCCCUCAGGUCGAGCCCACUUCGUGACAGGGUGGGGGAAGGAGACUCGCAGAAAGAUGGCUUUGAAAGACUAGAGCUGUAACAGUGAAGCCCGGGUUUUGGCAGCGACUGAGAGCCCAGACUGCCUGCCUGCAGUGCCAGCUCCUCGGGAGAUGGGCAGACAUCUCAAACAUCUGCACAUACGUAACCUCCGAGUUCCUCAGCCCGCCUCUGCCAGCGUGGCAGCAGCACCGAGCCCUGCCUCCCCUUGCUGUUCCGAGUGGCAUCUCUGCCAGCAGCGCUGGCUGGAAGAGUCAAGGGAAAAUAAGUGUUGCAGCUUCGAUUCAAACUUCUUGGCAAGAAAUCCUCGAUUUAAGAGUAAGGUAGAAGUUCAGUGGAUGCAGAAUCUUAUUUUUUUUUUUAUAAAAAUCGAGGCCGUGGCCUUUCAUAGUAGCAUCCAAACUAUAGGUCCCUUGCUGAACCUUUCGGGCAUCAGCCCUGCUUGCCUAAGCUCAAGGGGCGAAGAGGGACUGCUUAGCCUAGAAUUGUUAGCUAGGGAAACUGAAAGCGUUGGAGAUUUCCUCUUAGAGGCUUCCUUAUGCCUGCCUGCGAGUAAUCUCACUGAACAGGCAGGCACCCAGCAGCCAAGCGCUGCCUGCGCUCUCAGGUGGGCUCAGUGCCUCGGCUGCAGGUGAGAGGCAGCAACGCAGACGCGCUGGAACUAUGUAGUUUGGGAUUUCUGUCCAGCGACGGUGGCAACCACUGAGUAGAGACUCACUCUUCCAGUUGUGGAGAGGAAGCUGAAGCCUUGCUGAUCGGCUUUUCCAUCUAGAGGAACUAGGCUGCCCGCCCUCAAAGCACGUCCAACCAUAAGUCUCAGACUGCUUUCUGGAAGAGAAUCUGAAUUUCUUGCACUGGAUUCGGACCAAAGAAAUAAUGCAGCGGCAGAGAUGUGAUUAUAUGCGCUGGGCAUGGUCUACCUGAAGAACUGGACCAUCGGUGAAUCCUUCACCCAAAUUUACAGCUUAAAAUUAUUUGAAGCAGCCACUUUCUGCAGAGAUGAUAAGCACUGAGUUUCUGGAUACCCUCGUGCCUCUAACCUUUCUUUGUAAAAGGUUCCAGUCUUACACUUGACCUUUUUAAAGAGGUUUGAACUCUGAUAUUUGAAUAUUUUUAGCUGUGGAUUCUGUUACAGCCUUUGAGUACCUGGGUCUCCUAGAGCUACCGGAAGACUCCUUGGACAGCGUGCGAAGGAUUGUCUGAGAGCUGGCACGUGUGUUUGGGUGCUUCGAGCAGGCUGCUACUGCUUACUUGAAGCAGCAAUCUUUGGGUAUUGCUGAGCUUGGCUCCACUAAACAAGGCUGCAAAAGCUAGUGGAGAUACCGGCAUGCUCAUGGAGCUGUAAACGUCAUGGCCUUGCAGUUUUCAUCUCCAUUUAUUUGCAGAUGCACUCUGUAAGCAGUGCCGAGGGAAGGGGAAGCCGUAGUCCCCACCCAGUGUGUGCUGCUUGUUAUGUUAAGGCAUUCUAAGGAUUCUGUGCCCAACUUCCCGGCAUAAAUUUUGGCCUCAGUUGCGUUUGCUUCCUGUUGGGCGCAAGAGCAGAGCUCUGUGCGGAGGAACCGGCCCGUUUGCUGGCUUCAGCAGGUGAACGUGGCCGGGAGGCAAAUGGCUUCCUCCUUGGCAAGCUUUGGGUAGCGCUGCUGGUGAGGGCUCUUUCCAUCCCAUAAACCGGGAGCUCCUCAAAACAGAGGGAACUUGCAGGGACCCCCGUUGAGAUGCCAAGGACUGCUUGCAGAGGCCAGAAUAAAUGGCACCUCGCCACCUUAACAUAGCAACGGAGACAAAUAAAGGCUUGUUUUCGGGACCAAAACACCCAGAUGGCACUUCCUAAACGCGGAGGCGAGGUGAUUUUUCUCCGCAAGACCGGAGUGGGGACUGUCACCAAGGGACGGCCUUUGGUGGUGGUCCGCCCAGUUGCCUAACUGGGAAUUCAGCAGAGCAUCGAGCUCGUUGGUGAGCUUGGCUCUUGCCGGCAUCUCCUGUGGUCAUCUGCUGUGUCCCUCCAGGGGUUUUGUGGAGCCUUCCAGGUGACAGGCGAAGCUCGCUGCCGCUUGUGCUGCGAGCGGAGGUGCCCCUCUGGCUGUACGCGAG